AUGGAAUAUCGACCAGUUAAUAAUGAAGAAAAUGAUACAUUUGAAGGUCAAGAUCAAACAUUAUCUCCAUAUAUGCAAUUUGAAACACAAGAUGAAAAUACCCAUGAAAAACAAUCAAAAUGGAGUCAUCAGAAAGAUCUUGACGAUUUUUUUGUUCGAAUAUAUCAAUAUCAUCAAAAACACGGAUUUUUUUGUAUAGUUCUUUCAGAAAUUUUCGGCCUUAUACAAUUUAUAUUUAUCGUUUCAUUUACGACUCUUAUUGUUCAAUGUGUUGAUUAUCCACUUCUAUUUCGUUCAACACCAUUUGCAAGAAAUAUAACUAAUAAAAUACAAAUAAAUCAAGUCAUUCAAUCACCUAAACAAUGUCUUCAUCAUAUGCAUUUAAUUACAUCAUUAUGUCUUAUACUUUCAAUCAUUUAUUGGCUUUAUCGCUUAUGUCGUGCGCUAUAUAAUCUACUUUCCUAUUUCAAUAUUCGAGCGUUUUAUACUCAAGCGUUGGAUAUAAAACCGAACGAUCUACCAAAUAUGACAUGGCAUGAAGUACAACAACGGUUAUUAAUCGCACAACGAACACAUCAUUUAUGUAUACAUAAAUCAACUUUAACAGAAUUAGAUAUUCAUAAUCGAUUAUUACGCUUUAAAAAUUAUGAAGUUGCACUAGUAAACAAAGGAAUUUUACCACCAAAAUUACAUUUACCUAUUAUUGGUGAUAUAAUUUCAUUUACAAGUGGUUUCAAAUUUAAUCUACGUUUAAUUCUUUUUUGGGGUCCAUAUUCACCAUUUGAUCAACGAUGGCACCUUCGACAAGAAUAUAAAAUUCAUAGUCAACGUGAAGCAUUAGCUCGACAGUUAUCACGUUUUAUUCUUCUCUAUGGUGUUGCUAAUCUUCUUCUUUCACCAUUUAUAUUCAUUUGGCAAGUAUUAAAUCUAUUCUAUGGUUAUACUGAGCUUGUUCGACGUGAACCAGGUGUAUUAGGUAGCCGUCGUUGGAGUAAUUAUGGUCGACUUUAUUUACGUCAUUUUAAUGAACUUGAUCAUUCAUUAAAUCAACGUUUAAAUUGUGGUUAUAAACCAGCAAUGAGUUAUAUGUCAUCAUUUGUUAAUUAUAGUAUUGUUGAAAUAGCAAAAUUUGUUAGUUUUACAUCCGGUGCUAUAUUAGCUGUUUUAAUUAUAUUAACAAUUUAUGAUGAAGAUGUUCUUAAUGUUGAACAUAUGUUAACAUUAAUGACUGGUCUAGGAGUUGUACUUGGUAUUUGUCGAUCUUUAAUACCAGAUGAAAAUGCUGUAUUUGAUCCAGAACAAAUGUUACAACUUGUUCUUGCACAAGUUCAUUAUCAACCUGAUUCAUGGAAAGAUCAUGCACAUACAGAUUAUGUUCAAGCUGAAUUUGGACAAAUGUUUCAAUUAAAAUAUGUUUAUUUUCUUGAAGAACUUCUUAGUCCAUUCAUAACACCAAUAAUUUUAUGUUUUCAAUUACGUCGAAAAUCUUUACAAAUUAUCGAUUUCUUAAGAAAUUAUACUGUAGAUGUACAAGGUGUUGGAGAUGUUUGCAGUUUUGCACAAUUAGAUAUUGGCAAGCAUGGAAAUAUGAAAUGGUUUGUACCAAUACGUGCAAAACAAAAUGAUGGUGGAAUAACAAAUGAUGGUAAACUUGAAUUAUCAUUAAUGCAUUUUCAUCACACAAAUCCUAAAUGGCAAAUGCCAAAACAAUGCGAAGUUUAUUUAGAAAAAAUACAAGAACGAGCUGUGGAAAGUAUGCAAACAUCAUCGAUGCUUCAACAAUCACUCGGUCAAAUGCAAAGAAGUUUCUACAGUGAUCCACAAUCUACAUCAUCAAUGUAUAAUCGUUCGAUGAUGCCAAAAACAUUGAAUAAUGCAUAUUCUCCAACAUAUACAACUGUAAAUAUGUCAGUACAACAACCAUCUUCUUCAAUAUCACAGAGUGGUAUAACAAAAUCUGAUUCACCUUAUCGAAGUUUGGCACCAUAUGGUGUUCUUUCAAAAAUUCAUACACAAAUGUUUGAAUCAUCAAAUUCAAAUUAUUUAUCCGGUUCAUUAGCACCGCUACAAAGUGUACCAAGUGCUGCUCAAUUAGAUAUGAAUGUUUCAUGUUUAUUUAUGCAUGAAUUACGAUAUAAAUAUAAACAUGGUGAAUAUGAAGAACUUGAACAUAUCGAUGAAGAUCAUGAUGAUAAUGUAAAAUGUUAA